AUGUCAGUUUUUUUAUUGCCAACUUUGGAAUUAAAAGUUUUGUUUGUUUUUCUAUAUAAUACAAAUCGAUUGAAUGAAUAUAUUUUACAUUAUGAACCGCUUAAUUAUGACUCGGGAGAGAUUCACAGAAAUCAUCAGAGAGCCAAAAGAAGUGUUGUAAAAGAUCAUUAUGUUCAUUUAUCGUUUCGUUCUCACGGUAGAAAUUUUAACCUGAGACUGAAAAGAGAUUUGGAUGUUUUUAGUGAUAAUUUGGUUGUUGAUGGACUUCCAUAUGUUGACACUUCUCAUAUUUAUAAAGGAAAUCUUUUAGGUGAGCCUGGAAGUCAUGUUUUUGGGUCAAUAAUUAAUGGUGUUUUCGAAGGAAGCAUUCAUUCUCCUGUCGACUCUUUUUACGUAGAAAAAGCUCAUAAAUAUUUUCCCAAAGAAAGUAAUCAAAGUUUUCAUUCUAUAAUUUAUAAUGGAAAAGAUGUUGAUGAUAAAGAGGAAAAUGAAAGAAUGACAAAUAUGGCACUGCCCACGAAGCAAAAAUUAAAAAAUAUUCCAUCUAAUUAUGGGAAUCAUUUUUUAGAAGAGCCUUUUCAGAAGUACAGUAGAGAAUUGAACGAUAAAAAAUUUCGACAUGGCGGAGAGCGACGAAGCAAAAGAGCUACAAGACCCAAAGAAGAAAAUAAAAAUACUUGUUCUUUGUUUAUUCAGACUGAUCCUCUAAUUUGGAGGCAUAUCGGCGAACAAGUCAAUUCAGAUCCGGAAAAAACUAGAGAAGAAAUUUUAUCAUUAAUUGCACAUCAUGUGACAGCUGUAAACUACAUUUAUAGAGAUACCAAGUUUGAUGGACGUGUUGAACAUAGGAACAUAAAAUUUGAAGUUCAAAGAAUUAAGAUUGAUGAUUAUUCUCCAUGUAUGCCUAAUUUCAACGGAGAGGUCAACCCCUUUUGCAUGGAAAAUAUUGACGUAAGCAAUUUUUUGAAUCUUCAUUCUCUUGGAAAUCACGAAGAUUUUUGUUUGGCUUACGUAUUUACGUACAGAGAUUUCACUGGAGGUACCUUGGGAUUGGCAUGGGUAGCUUCUGCCUCAGGUGCUUCUGGAGGAAUUUGUGAGAAAUACAAAACCUACACGGAGACGGUAGGAGGAACGUAUCAAUCUACCAAAAGAAGUUUGAACACUGGAAUUAUAACUUUUGUGAAUUAUAAUUCCCGCGUGCCUCCCAAAGUUUCACAGUUGACUCUUGCUCAUGAAAUUGGGCAUAAUUUCGGUUCGCCGCAUGACUUUCCUCCCGAAUGUCGACCCGGAGGACAAAACGGAAAUUACAUCAUGUUUGCUUCUGCUACCAGUGGCGAUCGACCCAACAAUUCGAAAUUUUCAGGAUGUUCCGUUGGUAAUAUCUCAAACGUAUUAGACGCCAUAGAAGAUAAUAAAAAAAGAAAUUGUUUUACCGCUUCUGCGGGUGCUUUUUGCGGCAAUAAAAUAGUCGAAGUGGGAGAAGAAUGCGAUUGCGGGUAUGAUGACGAAGAGUGUAUAGAUAAAUGUUGUUAUCCUCGUUUAGUAAGCGAAAAAGAUCGAUUGGGUAAUGAAUCUGCUAGAGGAUGCACCAGAAGACCUGGAAGUGUUUGCAGUCCUAGUGAAGGACCGUGUUGUUCAAGUGAUACCUGCAAAUUUGUGCCAUUGCAUUAUCAGCAGCAGUGCAAAUCGGAAUCAGAUUGCAGUUGGCCGUCUUUUUGCAGCGGUAAAUCAGCCGAAUGUCCUAGUCCAGCUCCAAAAGCCAAUAAAACUAGGUGUAAUGAGGGAACUCAAUUGUGCAUUAACGGAGAAUGUACAGGAUCUAUAUGUUUAGAAUGGAAUUUGACGGAAUGUUUUUUGACGAGUCAUAUCAUUCCAAACAUUGAUAAAAGACGUUUAUGCGAAUUAGCUUGUCAAAAUGGAACGGAUCCUAGUACGUGUAGGAGUACAAGCGAAUUCGCGCAUCUUGUAGGUUUGCCCCAAGGAGGAAUAAGUUUAAGGCCAGGAUCGCCUUGUGAUAACUUUCAGGGUUAUUGCGAUGUGUUCUUUAAAUGUCGUGCCGUGGAUGCCGAGGGUCCUCUUGUACGACUUAAAAACUUAUUAUUCAAUAAAGAAACGCUUCUAACCGUUGCUCAAUGGGUAACAGAGUAUUGGUGGGCGGUUCUUCUUUUAGCUUUAGCCUUUGUUGUGUUCAUGGGAUUAUUCAUCAAGUGCUGUGCCGUUCAUACACCUUCUUCUAAUCCUAAAAAACCUCCAGCAAGGCGUUUGAGUGAAACUCUGCGUCGCCCUAUAACAACGUUAAGAAGAAUGGUGAGAAUAAUUUUUUUACAUUGA